AUUUAUUGUUGUAAAAUGUAAAUCGUAAUAAUAAAUAAUAUUAAUGUAACGUCGUUUUUACUGAUAUUGCCGUUCGUACCCGUACGUACUACGUAAACUUAGUUACUUGCGAGAAUAAACAAAUAACAAAAUGUUUCAAAUAUUAAUAAUCAUUACUGUAAAUUGUGUGUAAUGUGUACCUAUAAGUACGUUCCUACCAUAGAAUAUUAAUAUACCCCACCGUCGGCCAGGUAUAUUUUUUCUUAUUUUUUCUAAUAAAAAUUGUCACCCGAAACCUCAACCAUGAGUAGCAACCGCACAUCGUCCAAAGAAAAAGAUCCAGUAGUGUUGAGUUACGAGAAUUUUCUCCUUCACGAAUCCGACGUCCGUCUGCUCGUCGACGACCAAUGGCUGAACGAUUCCGUCAUCGGUUUCUACAUGGAAUACCUGAACACCGAAGUGUUCAAGAACAAUCCCAAGGUGUAUUUUAUUAGCCCGGAAAUCGUGCAAUGCAUAAAGGAGUGCAACGUAGACGACAUCGCCGUGUUCCUCGACCCACUGGUCAAAGGUAAAAACUAUUCGUACAUCUUCUUCCCGCUGAACGAUCAGGAACAAUUGCAAACAGUCGGCGGUACGCACUGGUCGCUGGUAGUGUACGGGGCGCAAGACAGACGUCUCUUCCACAUGGAUUCGAUAUUUGAUUCCAAUGAGAAACAGGCGAGAAAAUUGGCACUAAAGCUGAAAUUUUAUUUUAAAGACAUUGUAGACAUCAUCACUCCGUUGGCGACCAGACAGCAACAGAAUAGUUACGACUGUGGAAUACACCUUAUAUGCAAUGCAGAAAACGUUGCACAAUUUGUCUGCGCGAAUUUAGACAUACGCGAAGUAGAUCCAGUGGACGUGGUCGAUCUUCAAAAUAAACGUACAAAUUUAGUCGAUCUGAUUUACAAAUUAGCAAGAAGAAAAGAAAUUACAUAGGACCGUGUUGAGAUAUUGUUCCAAUAUAUUAUUAUUACUAAUGAAUAUUUAUUUAUUUAUUUUUUUGUUCCUAAAUUACCGUUUUUAAAUAAUUUAACACUGUUUAUGAAAUUCAAUCAUUUAUAGCACACAAACUUAUAAUUGUUUUAUUGUUAUGUACAACUAAUUGGAAAAUUAUCUAGAUGAACUAGGUACUAAUCUAAUGAAUUAACUUUACUAUUUUUUAAACAAAUUAUAUAAUAAUAUUAUAUUCUUUUAUAAAACUGAUCUUAUUAUAAUGUUUUUUAUAAGCACUC